UUCUCGAAUUCCUUAACAGGGGCCUUAUAUUUCCGCGUACUGUACAAUCGAAAAGUGAUAAACGGAGAAAUCGCCUAACUGUCGUUGAAAAUGUGUUGUCAUAUCGGUGUGCGAAGAUCUGCGGCACUUUGAAUUUCCGGGAGAAAGUAGCUCGACCAAGCGAAGCGCGUCAAGAGGCUCGUCAGCAGCGUCAACAACGCCGUGUUUCUUAUUGCCCGGAAUACCCGAUGAAUAUGUUUCCCAGAAGAAUAUCAGUGUCACCGGGAACCCGUCUCAGUCUGACGCUGGAUUUGAAAACCAGUUUAAUGGCAUUGAUCGUGAUUACUUCUUCCGUAUUUGCUUCUGGCAUCGAGAAUGUGACUCUAGAUCAAAAUUUCCAAUCGACUAGGCUUCAGGGCCCGUGGAGCGAGAUUUUAGAGGAUUGGAUUACCACGAACGAUGGAUCUGUCAAUAGUCGCCAAGCUAAAGUAAUGAGACUCGGGGACAAAGGAUUGACGAUUUCGUACAAGGGAAUGGCGCCUAAUAAGCGGGACGUUUCAGAAACGGAUUUGUAUCUUUUGAGUGCGAUUGAAAAGCUCGUGUACCGAGUCGACUUUUUGGAAAAACGACUUCGACGUUCCGAGGAGCUUUUGUACUAUGUUAUUUCCGGAAAUAAUAACGCAAAGGAUGCUUGUCCAUCGAACUACACGAGAGUAGGUCAAAACUGUUAUCACUUCAGUUACCGUGAGUUCGACUGGAAAUCCUCGGCGAGUUUCUGUCGAGGCAUGGGCGGUAACCUCGUGGAGCUAGAAACUGUCGAAGAGAAUCAAGAUCUCGUCACUUAUCUCCAAGCGACGAAGAACUUUAAGGGGAAAAGUUAUUGGACAGCGGGCUUGAAUCCGGGGCUGUUGUGGAUUUGGGCCGGCAGCGCGAGGCCGGUGCACGAAGAUACGAAGCAGACUGUCAUCGGGAACGGAAGGUGUUUAAAGUUGGAUUACAACUCGGCAUCGAGAAUUUAUUCGUACAAAGGCGAAGACUGCGGUACCAGACAGCGAUACAUUUGCGAGCUGACAAAAGAUGACGAAUUGGGGAACAAAAUUGAACGGACCGCGCGAGCUCACCAGCGCUCGAAUAUUUAAUCAAUGAGAUCCACGAUUCGC